AAUUCAGGUCAUGUCGUCACCGACCAGAAAACGGCAAAAGCUUAGCUCACCAAAACAGCCGUCUAUAGAAACCAUCCCAAUCAGCAGUGAAAGUGAGGAUGAAGACAAGCCAAUGCACAUUCCCUUUAUUCAAGUAGAGGAUAUAUCAGACGAUGAAAAGGAUGUCAAACCAUCAAUUGUUCAUACUCCUCUUGGAAUGCGAACAUCCUCCGAGGCACCCUCAUCAUCCUCAGCGGUGAAUUCCCCCAUGAAGAUGCUCUCCCAAGCAAACAUCUUUGACAAUAUUCGUGUAGCAUGUACACCCCCAAUCCCACAAUCCAGUGCUGGUGUCGGCAGCAAUCCCAACAUUGAGGUAUCUAAAGCAGACUCCCAGAGUAAUGUUAUUUCAACCACCACCAUGUUGUCCCCCUUUUCUAAUGAAAAUAGGAUAUCAACUCUUGGGUCACCCAGAUACAUGGUUCAAGAGAUCUCGUCAACUGUGGUUACGCACAAGCGGUUCCUUCUUACCGGAUUGAAUAAUUGUAAACACGAGACGAAAGAGAGGAUAAAGAUAAUGAUAAAGCAGCUGGGAGGGGAGUAUAUAGAGUGCCCUAACUUUGUGGAGCGAUGUACUCACAUAGUGUUAGGGAGGCCCAACACCGGGGAGAAGUACAUGGGUGGACUGAUGACUGGCAAGUGGCUGUUAAAGACAGAGUAUGUGGAGGAUAGUUAUGCGGAGGGUUACUGGCUGGAGGAGGAGAAGUAUGAGUGGACUAAGGAUGUUAUUGAACGAUUGAACCCGGAGACCUCCGACUCAGACCCGGAGUUAGCGAAGUUAGCAAGUUCUGCCAGGAGAUGUAGGAUGCGAUACAAUGCUGAGGGUCCGUUUCAUGGCUGGACAGCAAGCAUUCUCAGUAAUCAUCCCAGACGACUUGAAUGUUAUGAAAGGCUAUUCAAAGCUGGUGGGGGUCGAGUGAUAAACAUCCAGGACUACCGGAAAAGAAAAGACGAGCUCACCUUCAUUCUUGUUGACAACCCUGACCAAACCCACAUCCCACUAAAAAGUCCCACAGUUCCUCUUCUGAGAAUCAACUAUAUUCAUAACGUUGUGCUUGAGGACGAGAAACCAGACAGAGACCUGUACAAGGUAAAAAGAGAAGACGCCCAGAACGAGUUGCCCACUAUCCCCUGGGUCUGUACUUUCAGCAACGUCAGAAAACAGAUUAAUCUUACUUCUAAGAAGCAGUGUGAUAGAAAACUGUUGGACUACAUAGACGGUGUGAUGUGUUCCGAAUCGUGGGGUGGAAUACUGUUACCCCUGACCAGCAACCAGAGACCACCAGCUGGCAUGCUCAGACAAGUCAUCAACAAGUCUCUACUUCCCCGACCCUCCUCCGAGUUCGGAGCAGUACGUCAGGUCAUGUCGGACCUCUACAUUCUAUCCUGGUUCAUACAACCAAUGCAUGAUAACCGAGACUACUACGCUAACCUCAUGCAGUUAAAAGAUAGACCCAAACACAACGCUGACAAAUUCCUAGCACUUUUCGAUGACGCAGUGAAAUGUGACAAAGAAAGGAAACACCCCCAAUCACCACGAUACCUGAUAUUCUGGUUGGAGCUGCUUGAAAAGGAUUUCUACAACUGGGAGAGGCGGACAAACUUCUCAAAGCCUUUGGUUGAGAGGAUUAUGAACUCGUGGCACCAUGUUAAGCCGGUGUUUAAGGUCUUUCUCAAAGCUUACACUAUCGUCAUGAUCUCUGAAAGUGCAGAUAACAAACUGAAGAUGGCGAUGAACUCCCAGCUGAUCGUUUACUUUACCUGUAACGAGAUAAAGAGGGUAGCAAAGCAAGAGGAACAGUAUCAGGCAGGAACCACGCUGGACGUCAUCGCGGACACGGUGCGCAAUGUCAUGACAACCACACUCAAGAGCCGGGAUGUGAGGCGCGUGCACGUGCUGAUUCACAUGCUCAGCUUCUCCUACACUCUCAUGACCAUGGUCUUCAAUAAGGUGUUACUGACACUCAGUCAAUCGAAAGUCCCAGAACAUUACAAGGUUCUAGCAGACAGACCGCCUUCCUGGGAGAAAUUCUACAAUUUCUUCUUGCACUUGCGUUACACAGACCCCUCACCUCCCACCCCUACCUACACUACCGACAUCUACCUUAUCAUUCUGUCCGCCAUGUUCCGGGCCCUGCUAUCAGAACACUCUAAACCUCCAGCAGAACUUAACCCCAGAGAUAAGACCCUAGAUCUACAACGGACUCUGUCCUCUAACUGUGAGAUAAGCUUGGGUAGUAGACUCGUGUUGAGACUCCUGGUUAAGGCUGUCUCGUGAUGUUAGAUUUUGAUUUAGAAUUUUUUGCUGGAAUUGAAAUUUGUCAAGUCCCGCUUUCAGCCUAUUUGUUUAGACUUUGGUUGAUUUAACUGUUUCGACUAUAACUAAGGCUGGUCGUAUCCAGUUUUUGUUUUUGAUGCAGUGAUUUGUGAAUUCGUUACGCAUUUCACAAAAUCUAUGAUAAUGAUAAUCCUAUUAUUUAUACACUACGUAAUCUUUGGGGCUCAGUAGCAUUAUUUUUUAACCAAAUGAAAAUGCCUCAAAAACAAAUUCCACCCUCCCUGAUGAAUAAGGGACCAGGUUGCAACUUUGGCUGACUAUUAUUUGUUCCUUAUUUUAACAGACGCAAUUUAAAUGGUAACGAUUCACAUUUUAUCAUAUUUGUAUCCUUGAAUGCGUUACUUCCGCAACUUAGCCGUUAUGAUACAUUUUCUAUGUAAUUUAUCUGUAAAUAGCAGAUUGCUAGGGAGUAUCUAUUUGCUUUUAGGUCGACCUGAUAGUUUUGCUA